ACCAUUAUCGGGAUUAAUAUAAUUUUGUCUCGUUACUUUGCGAAUAUCUACGCCCCCUCCGUCGACGCUUCUCUUCCACCCCGCCGUAAACUGCCAGUGCCCCUCGCUCUCCAGAUCUACAACCACGCCCUUUUAUCAUUUGGAAGCUCUCGUUUUUAUCUUUCUUACUUGGGGGAAAAACGCAAGCGUAAUAUCAAGAAAUUUUGAGUUCUGGAUAAAAAUGGCUCAUAGGCUGCUGAGGGAUGCAGAAGCUGAUGGGUGGGAGCGUUCUGACUUCCCUAUCAUUUGCGAAUCGUGCCUUGGAGACAAUCCUUAUGUUCGAAUGACAAAAGCUGAUUAUGAUAAGGAGUGCAAGAUCUGUACUAGGCCCUUCACCGUGUUCAGGUGGAGGCCUGGCCGUGAUGCAAGAUAUAAGAAGACUGAGAUCUGCCAGACUUGCAGUAAGCUGAAAAAUGUGUGUCAAGUUUGCCUUUUGGAUCUUGAAUAUGGGCUCCCUGUUCAGGUUCGGGAUACUGCUCUGAGUAUCAAUUCCAAUGAUGCCAUUCCAAAAAGCGAUGUGAAUAGGGAGUACUUUGCAGAGGAGCAUGAUCGCAGGGCUAGAGCAGGUAUAGAUUAUGAAUCUUCUUAUGGGAAGGUGCGUCCAAACGAUACUAUUAUGAAACUCCAACGAACUAAACCAUACUACCAGAGAAACCGAGCUCACGUUUGCAGUUUUUAUGUUCGUGGCCAAUGUACAAGAGGCCCAGAGUGCCCUUACAGGCACGAGAUGCCUGUUGAAGGUGAAUUGUCUCAACAAAAUAUCAAAGACCGCUACUAUGGAGUGAAUGACCCGGUGGCUUUGAAACUUCUGAACAAGGCUGGAGAGAUGCCUUCUUUAGAACCUCCCGAGGACGAGAGCAUAAAAACCCUGUACGUUGGUGGUCUCGACGCAAGGAUAACCGAGCAAGACCUUCGUGACAGCUUCUAUGCUCACGGAGAAAUCGAGUCGGUCAAAAUCGUCCUUCAGCGGGCCUGCGCCUUUGUCACCUACACAACUCGAGAAGGAGCCGAGAAAGCAGCUGAAGAGCUCUCGAACAAGCUCGUUAUCAAGGGCUUGCGGCUCAAGCUCCUCUGGGGCAGGCCUCAGUCCCAGAGGCCCGAACUCGAGGGCCCGUCUGCCGAAUCAGGGCAGCAAUCGUCUGUGGCACACAGCGGGCUCUUACCGCGGGCCGUCAUAUCACAGCAGCAGAACAUUCCUCCGUCCGGUGGGCCCGGUGGGCCCAGCCCACAUCCGCCGCCUGUUCCGUAUUUCAAUAUCCCGCCUUUGAUGCCUCAGCAGGACAGGGCUUAUUAUCCAUCGAUGGACCCACAGAGGAUGGGGGCUCUCGUGCCAGCUCAGGAUGGCGGGCCGUCGGGCUUGGGCCAGAGCUCGGGAGGUGGGCCCGGGCAAGGGCAGCAGUAUGGAUACCCGCCUCAGGGCAAUUUUUACCCGCAUUAUUAUCCGCCGCAUGGUUAUAUGCAGCCACCACCUGUACCGGGUAAUAAUCAGCUGUAUCCUCAGGGGUACCAGAAUAGGGUGCAGCCUCAGCCGGCUCCUCCUCCUCCCGGAGGUGGUGGGGAUCAGGCAGGUUUUCAGCAGAAUAAUGCACCGACUGCAUGACUUGGCAAAGUGAGGGUUGGGAAUGUUGUUCCUUGUUUUAAGGAUUUUGGUUAUGUUAUUUUAUGCCUCUGUCUGAGCUUUUCUCCUUUUUUUUUUUCUUUGAAAAAGACAAAAAUGAAUGGUUUAUGAUUUUGCUGGAUUUUGAUUUGGUUGACUUUUGGUGCCUUUGUAUUGAACACAGUUGAGAGAAUGAAACGAUGGUGUGUUACUGUUGGAACUUUAUGAGAUUUUGCUUUGUUCAAUAAUUCCACGAUAUUUGUAAAAUUUCUUCUUUUUGUGAAUAUGUUGUGUCCCAU